CGGCAGCAGAGCAGUAAUAAAACUCAAUAACAUAAUAAAGCUCUGCUUUCUGCGACCCGGAGCGAUGAACCGCGUCGAGCUGCUGUCAGAUCGCAUCGCAGCCGCUCAUCUGGACCGGAGACGAAACCGGGAGCUGCAGCGGCAAGAGCGGAUUUUCAACGCCAAUGUGCGAACAAUCGGAAUUGACACGGAUGCUCUUGACCAUCAAGUGGAGGAAAAGAGGAAUAAAGAAGAAGCUGAGGCGAGAGCCCUGAAGGAAUACACUGAUGGCCUCAUCUGCAGUGACCGUACAGCAUGCCUACUGGAGCACAGGCAGAAGAAAGACAAGCGUCUUCUUGAGGAGGCCAUCGUGGGCUUCCGCCAACAGUUCCAGCAGCCCAGCAGCAGGCGUGAGUUUGACCUGAAUGACCCUGAGCUCUUGAAGAAGCAGGAUGGUGUGCGCAUUCUUCCUGGUCUGCCCGGGGAGGAUCUGCACAGCAGAGAGAGAACACGGCGCCAGAGAGAGCAGCUCAGGGACUGGUCCAUACAGCAGCAGCUGGAGCUGGAGCACGCAAAAGAGCUGCAGACACUGGAAGAUCAGCAGUAUGACCAAAGCCAACUUGCUCUGGACAGCAGAGCCCUUGAGCUACAGAAGAUGGAGGAAGAGCACAAGAGAGCCACCGCUAUCGCCAUCAAGGACUUUAAUCAAGCCCUGGCUGCCGAAGUGAUAAAACGGCAGGAGAAUGAGCGUCGCAAGGAAGAGGAGAACAACCAGGCAGAUGUCCUGAACCAGAUGCAAGGGGAGCUGCUGAGCGAGAGCCCUCAGCGAGUACCAGGACUGACCCGAGUGCGCAGGGACUGCUAUAAGGGCUUGACCCCCCAGCAGCUAAUGCACUACACCAACUACCAGCAGCAGCAAGCCGAGGAAAAGAGGCGCGCUCGUGUGCAGCAGCGGGAGGAGGAGCUGCAGCAAGAUCGUGAACGUCUGGCCUUGGCUCGGGCCGCUCUGCUACAGGAGAGACGGCAGGCACGCAUCAGCAAGGAGCUGCGCAGAGCUCUGGACAACACCAACACACAGCUGGCCCAAAUUCAAAAAGCACAGAGGAGUUAUCUUGAGAAGGAGGUUUACCCCAACAUCCCUGACGAGAGCUACUUCGCCCAGUUCAAUAAGACCAGCAGGUAGAGGUUCAGCAGAAUCAUACCAA